AUGGAUGAAAUAUUGUUAGUAUUUGGAGUAAUACAAGCUGAACCUUUAAUUUUAUUGUCUAUGAAUAAUUUAACUACUACCGGAAUUCCUAUUUGGAACAGUUUUAUGUGUUCCCAAAAUCUUACUGGAAUUACAGUAGAAACACUUAAACGGGGAAUAAAUAUAGGGAACGGUACCGAAACAACUGAUAAAGUUACUCUGCUUUCCGACUUAUAUAUAAGUACAACUAAUACUAAUUCAUUAACUACGGGAGAUUGGACUUUGACCACAGGAACUUGGCCAUGUUAUGUUUUUAAUAAUUUUAAUAGAGAUUAUAAAUUCAUAUCAGGAAUCGUAGAUCAACUUAUUAUAACUGCAUAUGUUAACGGAAAUCAAUCACGAGAUACAGGCAUCAUAUUUGGGAUAUUUGAUGAUAUCAGACCAAUUAAUGUGGUAGAACCAUUUACUGCUGAAAUCCCUUCAAUAAACACUUAUACUUUUACUUUAACAGAAAGAGUUGAUGUAAAUAACAAGGAAUAUUCGUAUUUUACUGUUAAUAAACAAAAUUAUCAUCCUAUUACUUUUCAAAAUAAUUCUGUUGCUGCAAGAUUUCUUUAUUCACCUGAUACAUAUUUGGCCGUAAAAUACGUAGAAAAACCACAAUACACAAUUUAUGAUAUAAUUAGUGCAACUGGUGGUAAUCUUACCUAUGCUAUAGCAUUAUGGAUAAUAUUAUUUGGUCGAGGAAAAUAUAAAUCUUGGGGAUUAGUUCAACGAUUUAUUUUGCGUAAUUCACCUGAUAAUGAAGGGCUUGAUUUGGAAAGUCAAAUUGAGCUUUCUGCAUUUUCAUUGCGUCGUCCUGUACCAUCUCAUCAACCUCAACUUCAACAACAACAACAUUCACAUCAUUUAGAACCAGAUUCUGCAACUUCUACAUUUUAUCGCAAAAGUGCUACACCAAUAACAUUUGAAAAUAUUGAUAGUAUGGGAGAGCUUACCGAUAAAGAAAUUACUAAGAAAAUUAAUAAAAUAGUUGAUGAAAAACUUUGGUUCUUAGAACAAACUAUAAGUAGACAUUAUCUUUCUGGAUUCAGAUUACGUAGAUUUGAUUCAGAUCUUAGAAAACUGAAACAUAAAAAUGGUUUUUGUGAUGAUGAUGUAAAGAGGAAUAUAAAAAAUGAUAAUUUGAAAAAUAAUUCAGAAGACGAAAAUAAACAUCAGCAUAAUUAUGAUGAUGAAAUAAAACCAUCAAAGAGAAGGUUAUCAUUAUAA